AUGGCCAGCUUGGCCAAACCGCAACAGGGCCACUCGAGGGUCGAGGAGAAGCGUAUGACGACACUGCUGGAUUCGGAAGAGGAGCCCGAACUAGUUCUCUCAAAGUCCAUCCAAAUCGGUCCAGAAGUGUUGUCGGUGAACCGCUUCUACACCAACUAUGCCGCGCAGGCGAGUAUUUUAAUAUUCAGCCGACUUCCCGAGUACUACGACGUCGAUCUAUCCGACGCCAGCCACGCACGACAUGCCACACACGCUGUGGCCUUGGCGAGUGCCUCUCGAUCACUACGUCAGUCAGGGCUCAUGGUUGAAGCUCGGCGGCAUUACGGCAAAGCCAUUUCGACUCUGAACCAAGCCCUUCAAGACCCAGUUGCAGUGCGAGACGACGCCAAUCUGGUCACGUUGUUUCUGUUUGGCAUGUUCGAGACCAUGGCCUGA